AUGGCACAAAUGCAACAUCAUCAAAUACGUAAAGAUGCUUUACAGAUAAAAAGACAAGAAGUCUCUUCUGCCGCUGCCGGAACCACUUCUGCUGCAGCUUCUCCAACUCCUUCUCCUUCUGCUUCUCCUUCCUCUGAACCUACCUCCGCUGCGGCCCCUUCAUCUGCUGCUCCCGCCACGUCAGCCGAACCAUCCACACAACCAUCUUCAGCAGCAGCACAAUCACCUUCCCCUUCACCCUCAGCGCAACCAUCCCCAUCAGCUUCCCCGUCAGCUUCACCGUCGGCUCAACCAUCGGCUCAACCAUCAUCCCAACAACCAUCACAAGCAGCUUCAUCUGCAUCUCCAGCUCAAUCAAGCCAAGCUCAAUCUCCAAGCGCUUCGCCUGAUCCAUCACCAUCCCCAAGCAAUCAACAAAGUCAAAGUGCAGGUCCAACAACCAAUCAACAAUCACAAUCUGCGGCUUCAUCUGCACAGCCAUCCACACCUGGCGGUACAACCACUACUAUCAUAACGGUGGGAGCUUCAUCAGAAUCAGCUGCUCAAAGUCUAUCGACGACUACUGUCAAUGGCGCUUCGAGUCAACCGGGAGGGACCACCACUUCCACUGUGGUAGUCAUUCCCUCAUCUUCUAGCACCGAGACCACUGUAACCUCCGCCGUUGGCGUCAUAACCACAACCGAUUCUUCUGGUAAACAAACAACCAGUACACCUUCAGAGGUCACUUCAUCCUAUGUGACUACUUCCGAUGGAGUAGUUUACACUGUCACUCAAAUCGUACAUAACCCCACUGGAGCUUUGGAUAGUGGUGGCAAAGGAAGUGGAUCCAGCACUAAUACGUUCUUCAAUAACAAAGGUGCGGUAGCAGGUGUCUUUGUAGUCGUUGGUUUGGUUGUCGUUGGAAUCAUAUUCGCCUUGGGAUUACUUUGUUUCAGAAGAAGAAGAAGACAAAGGUUAGAUAGAGAAGUCACAGCUGCUGCUAUAGCUGCCUCAUCGGGUGGAGCGGGCACGGCAAGAUCACCAUUAGAUGAAGAUAAUGAUUAUCAUUCAUCCAAUGGACCGACAUCGGAAUCAUAUCCUUCAACGGUCAAUCAACCCAUGACUCAAUAUGGUCAAUAUGGAGCUUCAUACAACACAGCAGGUGGGUAUGAUCCUUACGCAGCAGCUGCAGCAGGUGCAGGGUAUGGUGCGGCGACUCAUCAACAACAACCACACGGUAACGGUGGAUAUGAUGGAUUACAACAAGGUGGACAAGGAUACUAUUUCGAUCCUAGAGACGCAUCAAAUUAUCAAGAUGCCCCAAACGACGAAUACCUAUCUGCACCAAAUGCUAAUCAAGGUUAUCAAGAUCCGUAUGGAGGUUACUCAACCGGUGGUGAAGGUAGUAUAGAUACUCCAAACCAUGAAAGAGAAGAUCCACUAAGGGUCGCUAACCCUUCUCAUUCAAGACAGUAA